AUGACUGGAAAUGGUAAGAAUAUGAGAGGGAAAGCGGUAGGCCCCCAAACGCACUGGAUAAGAGGAUUUAAGGCCUGUACUAAUUGCAGGAUUAAAAAAGUCAGAUGUGACUUUGGCCCCAGCGAUAAUCCGCACCCUCCUCCUUGUGCUAGAUGCAAGAGAGAGUCGAAAAACUGUACGUUCACCGCUAAAACAGGCAAAGAGCAAGAUAUGGUAACGGGGGAAGCAACGAAUGGAAUCCCAACGGUGGAUACGGUCCCUGUUAAAAAAAACGAGCUGGCUCUCCCUGCUCUUGCUGUUACCGUGUCACCAGGUCUGAUACAGAACAGGUCAGAAAUGGGCAAUGAGGCUAAUCCGAAUACUGGAUGGAAGUUAGAACUAACAUCGAUGCACAAUACAUUGGCAUUUUUGGCGCAGGCUGCAGGAACAGUUUCCAAUACAUUGAACAAAGGGUUGAUGAAGAAAACUUUACCCUCAGACAGAAGUACUCCAUCUUUGGAGAUUAGCCGACUUGGAUCAAAAACACCGACCGGAUUUGCUUCGUCAUUAGGACUUGGCAUGCCCAGUAAUCCAACCAAGACCCUACUACAGGAAAUAGAAACACAAAAUAAGGUACAGCUAAUUGAAAAAUCGAAGAACACCAAAUCAAAAGUUCCGAAGACAUUGAAAGAUAUUAAGUGUAUAGGUGAGAAUGGGCUUCUCUCAGAACAGGAAGCAACUGCCUUUAUCGAUGCAUUUUUCUGCACCAUGCAUCCGUUUUUCCCGUAUAUACCGUUGCAAUUGCAGGAUCCUCUAGAGCUUUUGGAAUACCCAAUCUUGCUAUGUGCCAUUCUUACAAUAUCCACUAGAUACCAUUCUUUUAGUGAGUUUGGUUUCGACAACGGUGAUUACAAUAAACGUAACUUUGAAGUUCAUGAAAAACUAUGGGACAAUUGUCAAGUGAUGCUUUCAAAGACUAUCUGGGGUGAGGCAAGCACAAGGUCAAUUGGGACUGUCCUUGCAUUUAUACUAUUCACCGAAUGGAAUCCAAGGCAGAUACACUGGAAAAAAUCAGACUACGCCAAUGAUGACGACGAAGCCGUUAGCGAAUUAUCAAACGAUGAAGCUGAGGAACUAACCGGUACAAAGGCGAUUAGAAGAAGUGAUAGAAUGGCAUGGAUGCUUACUGGGAGUGCUGUGAGGCUAGCACAGGAUAUGGGGUUUAUGGAAACUAACGCAAAAGUGUGUGUCGCUACGCAUAUAUCAGACGCCUUUGCAUCAAUGAAUAUGAACCAGAAACCAGUACUGAGUGGUAAUUUCAAUGUUCUCCAAGGUGGGACAAAUAAUUAUACGAGUGAUCCAUUGAACUCCAGUGGAUCAAGUCAUGAAUCUACUUGCAGCGAACAAGCUUUCAUGAAACAAAUGUUAGAAAACACUAAUAGUCACACAAGAUGGAGGCACAUUUUAAGCUCUCUGCAAAUGGAGGAUUUAUUCCAACGCCAGAGAAAUGAAUAUUCGAAUGAUCUUUCAGACCUGGAAAGGGAGUUUUUAAAUGACGAAUUUAUCUUAUACUAUUCACUCGAGCGCAGAUCCGAUAAUCAAGAAACUCCACCUUUCCCAUUACAAUUUUCUUACGCUCAAAAGGCUAAAAUCGAGCUAACAAACAUAAUGCUUUUAGGCUAUGAUACCAUCUACUACGAUAGGGGUAGAAAGAAGUUGGCGUCAAACAACCAACUACAUAAUCUUUCGGUUUUGAGCAUCCUUUCUCCCCUUAUGGAAGGAUGGCACAACGUUUACAAAAACUUACUAAUCGCACCAAGUGCGAAUCCGUACACAACUACCACCAGAGGAGACAAGCGAGCAAUGUACGAGCUCUCCAAAAACAUUGAUAGCGAGAGUAUAAUUUGUGACUACCGGUAUAGCCAACUUUAUAUAUACUCUCUCGCUUUACAGGCAGAUUUUAAAAGGGCCGAACUAACAGUGAGUGAAAUUACUCAGAAUGCCAAGUAUGUUGAAAUCGCUUUCAAUGCAGCCAAAGAGAUAAUUUUCUCUGCCUUCCGCGUGCAUAAAUUGAACCUGUUGAAGUACAUGCCAGUACGAUGGGUCAUGCGACUGGUUAGGGCGGUUUCAUUUUUGGUGAAAUGUUGUCUCAUUCUCAACGCUACCUCUAUUGGCGGAGGUGGGUCCUCUGAAGCUGAGGUGAGAACAAUUUUGAAACUGUGCAGCAUCUCUGUGAAGGACACCGCAAACACCAUCAAGAUGGCAGCAAUGACUUUAAAGGAGGCUACACCGGAUGAGCUUCAUUUAUCGAUGCGUUACUCCGCCAUACUGUUGUAUCUGUGUAGGGAAUUGGAAUCUGAGAAAGAUUCCAGCAAGAAAAUACCCUUUCCGAACAAUGCAACCACAAAAUACGCUAUAUCGCCAACAUACGAGGGGCGGGACGGCGAAAUUGCCGCAGGGAGCGCAGGUGGUUGCGCGAAUACAGCACAUAUUACUGCCAACAGAUUGCGCACCGUGCCCUUAAGUGACAUUAACGAGACAACAGGCCGCAACACCGAGGAUACCGCAAACAACAAUAUUGUAAACGGAUCCCUUAACGGAGAUCGCAACCACCUUGGAACUACGGAAGGAACCGGGGCCGCUAGUCAAUCGACUACCGAUCGUCUUACGGGAUCGCUCCCGGAUGAGGUAACGAAUUGGUUCUCAGGAAACGCUGAAAUCGGACUCGAGUUUGUCGAACCAUGGACGGAUAUGAUAGAGCAGCGGUUCUUACAGAGCGGAACAGGGAACGACGUCUUCGAGGAACUGUACCAGUAUUUCGAUCAAAACUGA